ACUUUUUGUUUUUAAAACAGCAGCGCUGCUCUCAGGGAUGACUCUGUGAGACUGGGAGGAUCAUAGCUGGGGGAGGCCCCAGUGAGGUUGAGCGUGGGAGCGGAGCUGCCAGUCCUGCCUGAAAACGCGAAAUGAGUCUCGCUUGGUUCUCCCUCCACUGGGCAUGAGAGCCCCUGCCCAGGAGACAAAUGGCCCCAUAGUGGAAACUGGGAAGCUUUUAAGCAUCUGAUCAGAGCGGGAGCCAGCUGGGGGACCACAGUGCUGGACAGGCCAACCAACUCAAACUUGAAGACAUGAAACCCCCAAGGAGAACCACUUUGUGCCUCAUGUUUGUUGUGAUUUAUUCUUCCAAAGCUGCACUGAACUGGAAUUUCGAGUCUACUAUUCAUCCUUUGAGUCUUCAUGAACGUGAACCAGCUGGUGAAGAGGCACUGAGGCAAAAACGAGCCGUUGCCACAAAAAGUCCUACGGCCGAAGAAUACACUGUCAAUAUUGAGAUCAAUUUUGAAAAUGCAUCCUUCCUGGAUCCUAUCAAAGCCUACUUGAACAGCCUCAGUUUUCCAAUUCAUGGGAAUAACACUGACCAAAUUACCGACAUUUUGAGCAUAAAUGUGACAACAGUCUGCAGACCUGCUGGAAAUGAAAUCUGGUGCUCCUGUGAGACAGGCUAUGGGUGGCCUCGGGAAAGGUGUCUUCACAAUCUCACUUGUCAAGAGCAUGACGUCUUCCUCCCAGGGCACCACUGCAGUUGCCUUAAAGAACUGCCUCCCAAGGGACCUUUUUGCCUGCUUCAGGAAGAUGUUACCCUGAACAUGAGAGUCAGACUAAAUGUAGGCUUUCAAGAAGACCUCAUGAACACUUCCUCUGCCCUCUAUAGGUCCUACAAGACUGACUUGGAAACAGCGUUCCGGAAGGGUUACGGAAUUUUACCAGGCUUCAAGGGCGUGACUGUGACAGGGUUCAAGUCUGGAAGUGUGGUUGUGACAUAUGAAGUCAAGACUACACCACCAUCACUUGAGUUAAUACAUAAAGCCAACGAACAAGUUGUACAGAGCCUCAAUCAGACCUACAAAAUGGACUACAACUCCUUUCAAGCAGUUGCCAGCAAUGAAAGCAAUUUCUCUGUCACACCAGAAAUCAUCUUAGAAGGGGACACAGUCAGUCUGGUGUGUGAAAAGGAAGUUUUGUCCUCCAACGUGUCUUGGCGCUAUGAAGAACAGCAGUUGGAAAUCCAGAACAGCAGCAGAUUCUCAAUUUACACCGCCGUGUUCAACAACAUGACUUCGGUGUCCAAGCUCACCAUCCACAACAUCACCCCAGGUGAUGCAGGUGAAUAUGUUUGCAAACUGAUAUUAGACAUUUUUGAAUAUGAGUGCAAGAAGAAAAUAGAUGUUAUGCCCAUCCAAAUUUUGGCAAAUGAAGAAAUGAAGGUGAUGUGCGACAACAAUCCUGUAUCUUUGAACUGCUGCAGUCAGAGUAAUGUUAAUUGGAGCAAAGUAGAAUGGAAGCAGGAAGGAAAAAUAAGUAUUCCAGGAACCGCUGAGACAGACAUAGAUUCUAGCUGCAGCAGAUACACCCUCAAGGCUGAUGGAACCCAGUGCCCAAGCGGGUCGUCUGGAACAACAGUUGUCUACACUUGCGAGUUCAUCAGUGCCUACGGAGCCAGAGGCAGUGCAAACACAAAAGUGACAUUCAUCUCUGUGGCCAAUCUAACAAUAACCCCGGACCCAAUUUCUGUUUCUGAGGGACAAAACUUUUCUAUAAAAUGCAUCAGUGAUGUGAGUAACUAUGAUGAGGUUUAUUGGAACACUUCUGCUGGAAUUAAAAUAUACCAAAGAUUUUAUACCACGAGGAGGUAUCCUGAUGGAGCAGAAUCAGUACUGACAGUCAAGACCUCGACCUGGGAGUGGAAUGGAACCUAUCACUGCAUAUUUAGAUAUAAGAAUUCAUACAGUAUUGCAACCAAAGAUGUCAUUGUUCACCCGCUGCCUCUAAAGCUGAACAUCAUGGUUGAUCCUUUGGAAGCUACUGUUUCAUGCAGUGGUUCCCAUCACAUCAAGUGCUGCAUAGAGGAGGAUGGAGACUACAAAGUUACUUUCCAUAUGGAUUCCUUGUCCCUUCCUGCUGCAAAAGAAGUUAACGAAAAACAAACGUGCUACAAACACAAUUUCAAUGCAAACUCAGUUUCCUGGUGUUCAAAAACUGUUGAUGUGUAUUGUCACUUUACCAAUGCUGCUAAUAAUUCAGUCUGGAGCCCAUCUAUGAAGCUGAAUCUGGUUCCUGGGGAAAACAUCACAUGCCAAGAUCCCGUAAUAGGUGUCGGAGAGCCCGGGAAAGUCAUCCAGAAGCUAUGCCGGUUCUCGAACGUUCCCAGCAGCCCUGACGGUCCCCUUGGCGGGAUCAUCACUUACAAAUGUGUAGGCUCCCAGUGGGAGGAGAAGAGAAAUGACUGCAUCUCUGCCCCAAUAAACAGUCUGCUCCAGAUGGCUAAGGCUUUGAUCAAGAGUCCCUCUCAGGAUGAGAUGCUCCCUACAUACCUGAAAGAUCUUUCUAUUAGCAUAGACAAAGUGGAACAUGAAAUCAGCUCUUCUCCUGGGAGUCUGGGAGCCAUUAUUAGCAUCCUUGAUCUGCUCUCAACAGUUCCAACCCAAGUAAAUUCAGAAAUGAUGAUGCACGUGCUCUCUACGGUUAAUGUCAUCCUUGGCAAGCCCGUCUUGAACACCUGGAAGGUUUUACAACAGCAAUGGACCAAUCAGAGUUCACAGCUACUACAUUCAGUGGAAAGAUUUUCCCAAGCAUUACAGUCAGGAGAUAGCCCUCCUUUGUCCUUUUCCCGAACUAAUGUGCAGAUGAGCAGCAUGGUAAUCAAGGCCAGCCACCCAAAAACCUAUCAACAGAGGUUUGUCUUCCCAUACUUUGACCUCUGGGGCGAUGUGGUCAUUGACAAGAGCUAUCUAGAAAACUUGCAGUCGGAUUCGUCUAUUGUCACCAUGGCUUUCCCAACUCUCCAAGCCAUCCUUGCCCAGGAUAUCCAGGAAAAUAACUUUGCAGAGAGCUUAGUAAUGACAACCAUUGUCAGCCACAAUAUGACUAUGCCAUUCAGAAUUUCAAUGACUUUUAAGAACAACAGCCCUUCAGGCGGCGAAACAAAGUGUGUCUUCUGGAACUUCAGGCUUGCCAACAACACAGGGGGGUGGGACAGCAGUGGGUGCUAUGUUGAAGAAGGUGAUGGGGACAAUGUCACCUGUAUCUGUGACCACCUAACAUCAUUCUCCAUCCUCAUGUCCCCUGACUCCCCAGAUCCUAGUUCUCUCCUGGGAAUACUUUUGGAUAUUAUUUCUUAUGUUGGGGUGGGCUUUUCUAUCUUGAGCUUGGCGGCCUGUCUAGUUGUGGAAGCUGUGGUAUGGAAAUCGGUGACCAAGAACCGGACUUCCUAUAUGCGCCACACCUGCAUAGUGAAUAUCGCUGCCUCCCUUCUGGUCGCCAACACGUGGUUCAUUGUGGUCGCUGCCAUCCAGGACAAUCGCUACAUACUCUGCAAGACAGCCUGUGUGGCUGCCACCUUCUUCAUCCACUUCUUCUACCUCAGCGUCUUCUUCUGGAUGCUGACACUGGGCCUCAUGCUGUUCUAUCGCCUGGUUUUCAUUCUGCACGAAACAAGCAGGUCCACUCAGAAAGCCAUUGCCUUCUGUCUUGGCUAUGGCUGCCCACUUGCCAUCUCGGUCAUCACGCUGGGAGCCACCCAGCCCCGGGAAGUCUAUACGAGGAAGAAUGUCUGUUGGCUCAACUGGGAGGACACCAAGGCCCUGCUGGCUUUCGCCAUCCCAGCACUGAUCAUUGUGGUGGUGAACAUAACCAUCACUAUUGUGGUCAUCACCAAGAUCCUGAGGCCUUCCAUUGGAGACAAGCCAUGCAAGCAGGAGAAGAGCAGCCUGUUUCAGAUCAGCAAGAGCAUUGGGGUCCUCACGCCACUCUUGGGCCUCACUUGGGGUUUUGGUCUCACCACUGUGUUCCCAGGGACCAACCUUGUGUUCCAUAUCAUAUUUGCCAUCCUCAAUGUCUUCCAGGGAUUAUUCAUUUUACUCUUUGGAUGCCUCUGGGAUCUGAAGGUACAGGAAGCUUUGCUGAAUAAGUUUUCAUUGUCGAGAUGGUCUUCACAGCACUCAAAGUCGACAUCCCUGGGUUCAUCCACACCUGUGUUUUCUAUGAGUUCUCCAAUAUCAAGGAGAUUUAACAAUUUGUUUGGUAAAACAGCAGCCCCUAAGAUCCCCCCAGGCCAUGACGGAAACCUUGUUAGCGGUGGCAGUUCAGCAAUCUGAUGGAACGUAUAAUGUUUCCACCCCAGAAGCAACCAGCUCAUCCCUGGAAAACUCAUCCAGUGCUUCUUCGUUGCUCAACUAAGAACAGGAUAAUCCAACCUACGUGACCUCCCGGGUACAGUGGUUGUGCCUUUAAAAAGAGAUCCUUGCAAAGCAAUGGGGAACGUGUUCUCUGGGCAGGUUUCUGGGAGCAGAUGCCAAAAAGACUUUUUCAUAGAGAAGAGGCUUUCUUUUGUAAAGACAGACUAAAAAUAAUUGUUAUGUUUAUGUUUGUUCCCUCCCCCUCCCCCUUGUGUGAUACCACAUGUGUAUAGUAUUUAAGUGAAACUCAAGCUCCCAAGGCCCAACUUCUCUGUCUAUAUUGUAAUAUAGAAUUUCGAAGAGACAUUUUCACUUUUUACACGUUGGGCACAAAGAUAAGCUUUGAUUAAAGUAGUAAGUAAAAGGCUACCUAGGAAAUACUUCAGUGAAUUCUAAGAAGGAAGGAAGGAAGAAAGGAAGGAAAGAAGAGAGGGAAACAGGGAGAAAGGGAAAAAGAAGAAAAAGAGAAAGAUGAAAAUAGGAACAAACAAAGACAAACAACAUUAAGGGCCACAUUGUAAGAUUUCCAUGUUAAUGAUCUAAUAUAAUCACUCAGAUAGUGCAACAUUGAGAAUUUUUUUUUAAUGGCUCAAAAAUGGAAACUGAAAGUAAGUCAGGGGAACUAAUACUUUGGGCAGUAUCUUCCUGAUGUCUUCUUAGCUAAGAGGAGGAAAAAAAGGCUGAAAAAAUAGGGAGGAAAUUCCUUCAUCAGAAUGACUUCAAGUGGAUAACAAUAUUUAUAAGAAAUGAAUGGAAGGAAAUAUGAUUCUCCUGAGGCUAACUUUGUGUGUUAAGGUUUGAACUAAGUGAAUGUAUCUGCAGAGGAAGUAUUAUAAAGAUAUGUCAUUAGAUCCAAGUGCUGAUUAAAUUUUUAGUUUAUCAGAAAAGCCUUAUAUUUUAUUUUGUUCCACAUUCUGAAAGCAAAAAAUAUACAUUUUAUAUACCCUUCAAUUGCCAAAUUUGAUAUAUUGCACUCAAGACAGACCCUGUCAUAUAUUUAAUGGCUUCAAGCAGGUACUUCUCUGUGCAUUAUAGAAUAGAUUUUAAUAAUCUUACAGCAUUGUAUAUUAUUAUUGCUGUUGUCACUGUUACUGUUAUUGUGGAUAAUGGCCCUUGGUGUGUUGCAUAGCUCCCUAUGUAUUCUCUGUUUCCAUCUUUAAGUUCCCAGACCAAUAUACAUUAAGAGUUUUGCAUGGUCUAAGUUGUAUUUAUUCCAACCACUUGGAAAGCUCCUGGAAAGAAAUUUUACAUUCGGUUGUUGUGUGCUCCUAAUGAUACUUGAUCUUGUUGAACAAAUGGCAGAGCCUUUCCCAAGGAUUUGAUUGUUUGUGAAUUAUCUGCAUGUGUGCUUUUUUUUGGUGUGUAUUUCAUUAAAAAAUAUAAAUAUUUAUGAAAAUUGCA